GCUGCUGACACACCUGAGACAGAAACCCUCUUACAGCUCACUUUACAACCGCAGAAGAAGACAGAGUUUGUUAAAGGAAGCUUUAAAGCAGCUGCGAUGAAACAGAAAUAAAAUGAUUUCUUGGCAGGUUCUCCGCAGCAGCAGAACCUCGCGGUCUGCUCCAGAUUACUGUUACCAGCACGGAGCCGGAGGGUCGAUGCACGACUGCACGGCUGCUGCAGUUCCUGCAGCUCCGGGCGGCAGCGGCAGCUCCUUUUUAUCCAGAGAGAAGGUCAGCCUGCAGCAGCUGAACAGGAGGCUGGCUUCAUACCUGCAGCAGGUCAAGCAUCUUGAGGCAGCCAAUCAGAGGCUGGAGCAUCAGAUCCAGGAGGAGCUGGACAGGAAGUGUCCCAAAGAGCUGAGACAGCUGGAUGGACACCUGAAGACCGCCUCCCUGCUGCAGGACCAGAUCAGUGAAUGUCUCUCAGCCCAGGCUCAGCUGAAGCUGCAGUUACUUGAAGCAGAGCUCACCGUCUUCGACCUCAGUGAAAGGUGUAAAAAGGAGUGUGAGCGGCGCACUCAUCUGGAGGUGGAGCUUAGUGACCUGAGGCUGCUGGGGGAGGUGCUGAAAGCCCACAAUCUGCCAGAGCUCCAGAAUCUGCUGAACGAACAAAUGCAAGAGAUGGAAGAUCUGCAGAUUCGACACCAGCAGGAUAUGCAGGUUCUCCUGGCUGAGGUGACAGGGGGCGUUGCUGUCGAGAGGCACACUGCUGAGUCAUCAGACCUGAUACAACAGGUGGAGCACCUGAGACGGAGCGAGUCCUGGUUCAAGACUCAGGUGUCUCACAUUCAGGCGUGCAUGCCGAGCUUUGACUCUUCAGCGGGGUCAGAGGCUGACAGAGCCAAGCUAGAAGCACUGAGGCGAGAAGUGGACCAUCUGGCAACAGAACUGACACAACUUCAGGCUGUGGUCUUGGUGUUGGAGGCUUCUGGUCGGGAGCAAACUGAGUCGUUACUCCAGCAGCUGGUGGUCCUACAGAGGACAGCAGAUGGUUUGUCCCGAGACCUGGACUCAGUGUUGCAGGCUGCAGAUCAUCAGUCCCUGCUGGACAUCAAGAGCCAACUGGAGGCCGAGAUACAGGACUACAAGAAGCUGCUGGAUGGGUUGGGCCAUGAGGGGGAUUCAUGUGUCCACUUUAAUGCCAAGCCAGAUGCCAGAUCUUCCCAUCUUGCAACCAGCCCACUCACAUUCAGGAGAAACAUCAUGGUAGACAGAACAGUCAGUGUUCAGGGCGGUCAUGCUCACACUGUUGGAAAAACACCAGUAGCUGCACCCCUGUCCAAAACAGUGACUGCAUCCCAGUCAGUUUUUGUCCACAACAAACAUCCAACACUAACUAACCCUUUGGUGGAGUCCUUCCAAAAGCCUGAUAACCAGAGAACAGGAGUUCUUUCUGAAAAAAUGAGCAAGUCCAUCAUCUCUACUGAGACAGUCAGCAGUCAGAGCUGCCCUGUGGAAAAUGAAGUUCAUGCUAAAGAUCAUGAUGUUCAGAGUUCAAUAUUUGCUGGGGCUCAAAUUAGUCAAGAGAUACCCAACAAGAGAGCAUUUGUCAAGGCUUCCAAAACAGAAAUAACCACAACUCUGGAUCCUGACAGCACUGACACAAUUCAAACCAAGCAAGAGACUUUGAUUUCCAAACAAGCUGGUUCACAGUCUUCUGGCAGAGGGACAAAUAUUAGAGUGGAGACUAACAAAACUAUUCUUUGUGCCGAAGCAGUUAAAAAUGAACAGCCACAUUUUGAGACCAAAUUUGAUCUCUUCAGUCCAACAACUCCUGAGGUGCAAGUGGAUCCACCUGAAGUGGUGGAUCCACCUGAAAGCUCCUUCCAUGCAACGAAGAAAAAUCCAACACAGAUCAUGACCAGUGAGGCUGAGACUUCACCAGAAACUGUCAAGGACAUGAAUGAAACUGCCAGUACUAUACACGGGGCAUCUGGAUCUUCUUGGGUUGAUAGAUCAACAACAGUUCAGGGUGAAGUCUGUGGUGAGGUAGCCCUUAUGGAAGACACAGAUGAAGGAGUAGAUGGAAAGUCUGGAAAAGAAAUUGUAGAGGGAGAAAGUGUCCUAAGUCUUGAUCAGAGUUUGGGAAUAUCCAAAAACCAACCAAAUAAACUCACAGAAGAUAAAAAUACAAGGUACAACAAUGAAAAUACUUCAUCUGGUAUCCCAGAAAAUAAUAACAAGUUUUACAGUAAAACUGCAAGCACUGGGAACUUAAAUGAAGAAAUGGACAAAGUAGAAGAAGUCCAUUACCACACGGAAGUGAAGAUGAAUCCAGUUCACUCAGAUAAUGAGUCAUUGAGUACUACAAGCUCAGAAACAUCUACACAUCUAACAGAUUCUGCUGUGGCUUUAAGUUCCUCCAGCCCUGAAGAGCAUCAGAGUCCAAAAGAAGCUGAAUUAAUGAGCCCAACAAAGUCAGAUGAAUGCUUGAAUCCAGAAAUGUCUCCAGUCAAGAGUUCUCAUGAGCCAGAAAUAUAUCUCUCACCAAAUGACCCAGACACAUGUUUGAUUCCAACUGAUGUUAGGACUGAGGUGAAUAAUAGGGAUGUACACAGACAAAGAAAGAGGGGAACGGAAGAAGCAGAAGAUACUUUGCUUGUCUUGAGUUUGGCUAAAAGUUUGGCACAUAUGUCCAACAUGAAGCUUAUGAAGGAUGCAGAAUCAUGGUCCAGCAUUGCAGUUUCUUGUCCAGAAAGCAAGGAAAACCUUAAGAGUAAAACCCAAACUACAGAGGUUUUAAAAACAGAAGUGGAUGAAAUGGAGAUAGUAAGUAAUGCCAAUAAGGUGAAGAUGGAUCCAGCCAAGUCCAACAAGGAAACAGUUGAUCUUGCAGGUGAAGAGGUGCCAAAGCAUUCUACAAGUCUAACAGAUUCUGGUGUGGGUUUGAGCUGUUCCUCUUAUGAAGAGUUCCUAAGUCCAGAAGAGGUCCGUUUGUCAGCCAAUGAAACAAAACCACCCCGUACUGAGAACUUAAAUGAUGUGGUGGACAAAGUAGAAGAAGUCUAUGACUGCAAGGAAGUGAAGAUGAACCCAUUUCAACCAGAUAAUGAGCAGGUAAAUCUGCAAAAUCAAGAGAUACUGGUAAGUACUGGAAGCUCAGAAACAUCUACAGAUCUAACAGAUUCUGUUGUGGCUUUAAGUUCCUCCAGCUCUGAAGAGCAUCAGAGUCCAAGAGAAGCUGAAUUAAUGAGCCCAACAAAGUCAGAUGAAUGCUUGAAUCCAGAAAUGUGUCCAGUCAAGAGUUCUCAUGAGCCAGAAAUAUAUCUCUCACCAAAUGACCCAGACACAUGUUUGAUUCCAACUGAGGUUAAGACUGAGGUGAAUAACGGGGAUGUACACAGACAAAGAAAGAGGGGAACGGAAGAAGCAGAAGAUACUUUGUUUGUCCUGAGUUUAGAUAAAAGUUUGGCACAUAUGUCCAACAUGAAGUUUAUGAAGGAUGCAGAAUCAUGGUCCAGCAUUGCAGUUUCUUGUCCAGAAAGCAAGGAAAACCUUAAGAGUAAAACUCAAACUACAGAGGUUUUAAAAGCAGAAGUGGAUGAAAUGGAGAUAGUAAGUAAUGCCAAUAAGGUGAAGAUGGAUCCAGCCAAGUCUAACAAGGAAAUGGUUGAUCUUGCAGGUGAAGAGGUGCCAAAGCAUUCUACAAGUCUAACAGAUUCUGGUGUGGGUUUGAGCUGUUCCUCUUAUGAAGAGUUCCUAAGUCCAGAAGAGGUCCGUUUGUCAGCCAGUGAAACAAAACCACCCUGUUGCUUCAGCCCAGAAAUAUGUCUGAGUCUGGUUGAGACAGAAGUGAUGUUAAGCCUCACAGAUGAAGCAUUUUACCCAGUCGAUGUGGAAGACCACAUUACAAGUCCUGAUCUACUUCUGAGUCCAAAUGAACCAGAAAAUUAUCUGAGCCCAAAUGACUCAGACACAUGUUUGAGUCCAAAGAAUGACGAAGAAGAUGAGGCAAUAAGUCUGAGUCUAACCAAGGCAAAUGCACAUGUUCGACCAAUUGAGAAAUACAUUCUCUCAACGAAAGAAGAAGGCCAGUCUGUAUUAUUUAGUGGUGAUAGAACUUUGCCAGAAGACAGAAAUGUGAAGGUCAUCAUUUCAGAGGGAGACAGAGAUGUGUGUUUUAGACCAUUUGAAUGUCAUGAAGGUAGAGGAGUUAAUCUGAAUGGUACAAAGCUUAGUUCCAAGCUUAGACCAACCAGUCAGAGCAGUGACCUUCAGGUGAGCAGCAGUCAUGCAGGCUUGGCGUUUGGAGAUGGACGAAGUAUCAUAGCUGACAGAGAGGAACAGCUUGGUUUUGGAGGCCUUUAUCGGAAAAGAGAUGCAAGAAGGACCAGAGGCAAAUAUGCAAGUGGUACUCCAGAUGAAGAUAAGAUAGAACGUGUAACUAUGGAUAGUGAUGCGAGAAGCUUUGGAAGUGUCCCUUUCAGUAAAGGAACUACCUCUAGCAAGUUAGGAGGUAGAGUUAGCAACAGUGGUGAUACACAAGUGACAACAGCAGGGAUAAAGGAAAGAGUCCGGUGUGCCAAUGGAGAGUGGAAGGUUUACAGUGGCAGCAAGGAAUAUCUUACAGAAAGAGGGAGAUUCGGAAGUGGGGAGUGGAUAGAUUACUGUGGCAGUCUUAGACGUAAGAGCAGCUUAGAUGCUGGCACUAAAUUACCCAGUGAAGGGAAUGGAGAAAGCUCAUCCAUAAAUGGAAAGCUUGCAACAAGUCCACCAGAAACAGGGAGUUUUGGGAGGAGAGGGAGUGGAGGGAGUGGAGAGUGGAUAGUUUACGGAGGCAGUCUUGGACGUACGGGCAACUGGGCUGGCAGUGAUAGCUCCCUCAAUGCAGACAGCAAAGAAUGCCUUCCAACAGCCAUGAACAUGGCAAGAAGCCCACCAGGAGCAGGGAGGCUUGGGAGCAGAGAGUGGAAGCUUUAUGGUUGGCGUCCUGGAUGUAUGAGCAUUGAUAGUGAAGACUGUCCUUCAGAAGCCAUGCAACUCGCAACGAGCCCACCAGGAACAUCAGGAGCAGGGAGGUUUGUCAGUGGAGGAAGCGUAGUGUAUGGUGGGAGUACUGGUCAUAUGAGUAGAUCUAGCAGCGCAGACAGGGCCAGCGUCAGCCGCAGCCAGACAAUCAGUCCACCAAGCAGCUACACCAGCAGCAGGCGCAGACUCAGCAGUGCUGGAAGUGCUGGCAAGCUGAGCUCAGGCAGCGUUGUUAGGCGCAGCAGCAGUGUGGGGAUUGCGGGGUGGGGCGGUGGAGGGAGGACAACCAACAGCCCAAGAGCCCUGAGCCCCGGGGGGAGGAUUGGUGUUAGCGGGGGCAGCAGCGGGUGGCUGAGCAGUUCAAAAGCUGCUGGAAGUGGAUCUAAACUUCGCAGUGCUGGUAGCAAUGACAAACUCAGCAGCUACACUGGAGGGAGGAUCUGCGGCUCCCCGGGGUCAGGGAGGACCAAUAGCACAGGGGGCAGGGUCAUCAGCAGCAGCGACCGGCCAAUCAGGAGUACGGGCAGCGGAGCUGGAAGCAGCAAGGAGAGAAUCAGCGUUUGUAAGAUGGCGGCGCUGUCGAUGUCAGCGGCUGGGAGGGAGAGAAGUCAGGAGAGACAACGCCAAGCUGAGAGAGUCCAACAACAGCAGACUGCAGCUCCAGCGCUGGCUGACCUCAGGAGUCGGGGUCACAAGCUCUGACCCUGAGGGCACUGAUGACAUCAUGCAUGUUUGAGCAGCUACUGGGUGAUGCUGUUCUUUAAAACUCCGCCCAGCCCCAUCAGAAUCAGCUGACUCGUUCUCUACAGUAGCGUUAGUUUGUUUAAUGAAGCCGUGUGACAUUUUUAUCUUCAUAUGAUGAAUAUUUUCUGAUUUACAGGAUCUCCAUGUACAUAAGCUGGGUCCAAAUUUGAGGUUUUGAAUAUUUUUCUUUUCAGAAUUUGAGCCCUCAAAACUUUAUAAGUUCAGCUGAUAUUCACAUGACAUUUUCAGACUGAAAAACAUUUAAACUCUAUUAAAAACUGCAGCCAAAUCAGUUUUACACCAACUCCAAGGGUCUCAGUCUGAAGAUAAAAUCUGUUUUUAGUCUCCAGACCUCAGAGAGUUCAAAUAUGAUGAUGUUAGAAAUAUGACAAAUUAGCAAAGUAGCAAUAAAAAGUUCCUUUAACCUGCUGCCAUUAAAUACAAAUCACUACAGCCAUUUUAUUUUAUUCAUAAUCAGCAGGUUAGUUUUUCAUUUCAUCCUCUCUUUGCAUUGUUUUUAUGAAAAGCUGUUGGUUCAUGUGUGGUUUACAAAGUCUCUGUGUUCUCGUUGUUCAUCACAUCUAAU